UCGGUCGGGAAGAGGCGGGCCGCGAGCCUGGGCGGGGGCAGCCGGGCGCCGCGCGUGCGCAGAGGUGUGGCCGGGAAGGUGCGCUGAGGCGGGAGUUGGAGGCGCGGCGCCUGGGAGUAUUGUCUUAAAUGACCUCACACCCUUGGCCACUGGUCCUGGGCCUAGAUGGGCCAAUCAGCGUCCCUACCCAGAAUUUUUUUAACUGAAACUAAGAAAAAAAAGAAAAUCCCUCUCCAGUUUGGAAGCCGUAAAAUGUAAAACACAGGAGCUGUCAGCAGCCAUGUGUCCUGCCAUACCGAACCAGCUGGUCUGCAGUGAAAAGAAUGAAGCCGACAUGCAGAAAGCAGCAGAGAACCAUGUGUGAUCAGUACUGCAUCUCCUUUGCUGAUGUUGAAAAAGCACAUAUCAACAUUCGAAAUUUUAUCCACCUCACACCAGUGCUAACAAGCUCCAUUUUGAAUCAAGUAACAGGGCGUAAUCUUUUCUUCAAAUGUGAACUCUUCCAGAAAACUGGAUCUUUUAAGAUUCGUGGUGCCCUUAAUGCAAUCAGAGGCUUGAUUUCUGCCACUUCAGAAGAGAAGCCCAAAGCUGUUGUUACUCACAGCAGUGGAAACCAUGGCCAGGCUCUCUCCUAUGCUGCCAAAUUGCAAGGGAUUCCUGCUUAUAUUGUAGUGCCCGAAACAGCUCCCAACUGUAAAAAAUUGGCGAUACAAGGCUAUGGAGCCUCUAUAGUAUACAGUGAACAGAGCGACGAGUCCAGAGAAAAUGUUACAAAAAGAAUUGUGGAAGAAACAAAAGGCAUCAUGGUACAUCCCAACCAGGAGCCUGCAGUGAUAGCUGGGCAAGGGACAAUUGCCAUGGAAGUCCUAAACCAGGUUCCCUUGGUAGAUGCACUGGUGGUACCUGUAGGAGGAGGAGGAAUGGUUGCUGGAAUAGCAAUUACAGUUAAGGCUCUGAGACCUAGUGUCAAGGUAUAUGCUGCUGAACCCUUGAAUGCAAAUGACUGCUACCAGUCCAAACUGAAAGGGGAACUGACCCCCAAUCCCUAUCCUCCAGAAACCAUAGCAGAUGGUGUCAGAUCCAGCAUUGGCUUAAACACCUGGCCUAUUAUACGGGACCUCGUGGAUGAUGUCUUCACUGUCACAGAGGAUGAAAUUAAGUAUGCAACCCAGCUGGUGUGGGAGAGGAUGAAAUUGCUUAUUGAACCUACAGCUGGUGUUGGAGUGGCCGCUGUGCUGUCUCAGCAUUUUCAAACAGUUUCCGCAGAAGUAAAGAACAUUUGUAUUGUGCUCAGUGGUGGAAAUGUAGACUUAACUUCCCUAACUUGGGUGAAGCAGGCUGAAAAGCCAGCUCUUUAGAAAUCUGUUUCUGUUUAAUAUGUGCAAAAGGAAGAAAAGGGAUUCAGUGUCCAGACACUUGGAAA